AUGAUUCUCAUCGUGCUGAUGGUUGUUUGGACAGGGUACGUAGAUAUCCAUCCAAAGCGCCCUCUUGAUCUCAUCGAGUUUUUUGCAGGGCAUGCAGCUAUUGCACGCAAUGGUGUUGUUUCAGGGUAUAGAUGUGCAGCCUUGGACCUGGACUUUGAUUCUAUGAGGGAUCCCCAGCGGCGGCUACGGCUAGACAAACGCAGUCCUUUCGACCUCAACUCAGACUCUGGCUUUGCGCUGGCUGUGGUGCUGAUCUUGCAGGGUGCCUGGAGCCAGCUUGUCGGCAUCUUUGCCACCUGCUGUUCAUCCUUCGUGCAAAUCAACUCUGGCACAUCUGGAAGGGAUAUGCUCACUCCGGAGGGACGGGUAAAUCUACCAAGCGUUGCCCGAUCAAACAAACUCCUUUCCAGGACUGUUUCUAUGUGA